GCGAGGCUGACGUUGCAGUUGCAGUCUGGUGUGUUCCUCUUCUCGUCCAAGAACUUACCUGUCUCCGAGAAAGAAGUUUGAUUUUUAAUUACGGGUUCAAAAAACUGCAACCAGAAUACAACAUGACCGACACCAGCACGCUGUGUUUGUUUGACGUUGAUGGCACGCUCACAGCUGCACGUCAGAAAGCGACUCCAGACAUGACAAUGUUCCUGGCUGAGCUGAGGAAGCGGGUUCGAGUGGGCGUGGUCGGAGGAUCAGAUCUCGUCAAGAUCAAAGAGCAACUCGGGGAGGAUGUGAUUGACAGAGUGGAUUAUGUUUUUGCUGAGAAUGGACUGAUGGCCUACAGAUUCGGACAACUGCAUUCAGUACAGAGUAUCCAGGAGUAUCUGGGAGAGGAUCUGCUGCAGGACUUCAUCAACUUCUGUCUGGACUACCUGGCCAAGAUUAAAUUACCCAGGAAGAGAGGCACGUUUAUUGAGUUCCGCAACGGAAUGCUGAACGUCUCUCCCAUUGGGCGCAGCUGUAGCCAGCAGGAGCGAAUCGAAUUCUUCGAACUGGACAAGAAAGAGAAGAUCAGGGAGAAGUUUGUCUCUGUGCUGCAGAAAGAGUUCAAUGGCAAAGGACUGGCGUUCUCCAUAGGAGGCCAGAUCAGUUUUGACGUCUUCCCGGAGGGCUGGGACAAGCGCUACUGUCUCGGCAUCGUAGAACAGGACUCUUAUAAGACCAUCCACUUCUUUGGAGACAAGACCAAGCCUGGAGGAAAUGACUACGAGAUCUUUGAGGACCCGCGUACCAUCGGACACUCUGUCACAUCACCAGAGGACACGCAACGCAUCUGCAAAGACCUGUUCUUUAGCUGAACACACACACACAUACACACACACAGACA